GUUGUUGCAAGCACAGCGGUGAUUGGAGGAGGGCGCGAAUGCGGGAUCAUUUGUCAGAGGAGAUUGUUCAGCAUGCGCAACAAAGAAUGCGGCCUGGUCCAAUCAGCGGCGACGCACAAGUGCAGCGCGGAGAUGGCAGUUAGUAAUCUCGACACGGCCCUGGUAAUCAAGGGCAAGGCGUGCUCGAGGCAGCGAUUUGUGGACGAUGGGUUUGUGAUCAGUUGGGCAUGACGUUUCCCCACGUUUGGCGGCCGAAAGCGUGUGACGGGGGCCUGGACUGGACCGCUGGUGUUCGCCCGGAGGAGCGCAGGACGCCGAGAGACGUUCGCUUCCCACGGCCUGCGACUGCUGGUUUCGUCCGAGAGUGGCAGAGGAGUGCCCAGGUGGAUGACUCUCCCAAAAAGCGUGCGGCUCCAUGGAUUGGUCCGUCGCAAGCACCGCACCCAAAUGGCACCGCCAGCCAUUAUUCCGCAGCGCAGGCGAGGCCGAUGGUGGAGACGCGUCCCAGCCAGCCUUGCAGAGCCGCUGGGGAGCGCGAUCACGUCGCGAUGAAACGCCAGAUAUGGCUAGGUACGCGAGCGCAGGGCCUUUUGGAGGGCGGUGACAGAAGCCACAUCAGCUGGCGCGCUGAUUCGCAGCACGCGGAGGCUGAGGCCAGGCAGCGUACGCCAGCACAUCGCGGUGAGGCAGCAAUCUGGCCGCGACGAGGCUGCUCAAUCUCGCACUCGCUUCUCUCAUGCCACCUGGGCGAGAAAGUGCGAGGCCACGCACUGCAGAACGAGAACGAGCAGCGCGGCCGGCCAGCGUAAAGCCCGAAGCGGAAGACGCUCGUCGGCCGAUGAUUAAUGGUGCGUGCCGCGGACGGAGCUAAACGGAUGGCACCACCCCUGCCCGCCCGCAUCCCUGUCCGUCACUCAGUCAAAGACGCCGAAAAGCUUGGAGCGGUCUGCGGUGAGUCGGAAUUAUGGACAAGCCCGAGCCUCCCGUUGCAUGGUCAUCCUCAGCGUCAGAGAAACAUAAGAAAGACAGGCCCGCGCCGCUUGCACUCCUC